UGCCCCUUUCACCCACCUCCCGGUCAGUGUACAUGCGUGCACCGGAUGCGUCCAUUGCCGUCGAGCUUCUCCUCCACGUUGUCCGGGCCGUCACAUGCAGUCCCACCAGGGGGACGGCAUCCACAGAAAGGUGGCGGCUUCUCGUACCUCUCCUCAAGGGGUCAGCAGGUUACGUCUCUGGGGUCCGAGGAUCGAAUGGCAGCGGAGAGACAUCAUCCCUGUGGAGGUGGUAGCGAUGGAGGGCGGCAGAGAGGGCGGACGUGCACCGUCGACACCACUUGAGCGGGCAGCCGUGGCGGCGGCAAUGUCAACUGUUGUUCUUCGGUGUCAGCAGGAGAGGGUGCUGGGACGAAUGAAUGAGCAGUUCUGCGCAUGUAGAAGAAGGGCGCUUAUGCAAGUUGCGGAUGAUGGCCCCGACUACGUGGCAACUUCAGAGGCUGUCAUUGAGCUGUGCUACACGUUGGGUUGCGGCGUCAUUCCACGAGCAACACCGAGGUGGUGGAUCAAACGUAGGACAGGGGGAACAUCGGAAGACGUUCGACAAUGUGACGACGCCACGGAUAACUACUUCAACGAGAAGCAGCACAGUGCCGAGGAGCAGCAGAGGGGCCACCAGAAGCAGAACAGCGACGUGGAGCAGCAGAGGGAGCGUGCGGUACUGGUCGGCCAUGAACUGCACGGUGGAGAGGGCAGCAAUGCCAUGUCUGUUGUUGGACAUCUAGCACACGACGGAGGAGAAGGCAAGAGUCUUGUCGGACGUGGAGCACGUGACGACAUGUGCGGGAAUACAACGCUCGUUGUUCUCGUUUUCACGUUUGGCAAUGUGGGUGUGGAGAACGCUAUCCAAGUCAUCCAGGGUUACAUUACUACUGCUCCGCAGACCCUGGCACCCCCAGCAGUUUUCCUGUACGGUGUUGCCAUCUCUGAUCCUGUGGCCUUGCAGAACCUUUCCGACAUCGCCUACAAUGUUUCGGGCUUGGCAAGAAACGUUGGAACUGGAGAUUAUCUGUUGGGCAUCUACUCCUACUUUGACUACCUGUCCAGGUUUUACGCAUACGAGAACGGGACAGAGCCCCGCUGGGCCAGGCGCUAUGAGGAUGCAUUCGAUAUGGGGAACAUAACGACGUUGGUGAUGCCAGUGUUUCGCAAAACUGGGCACCUCAUCGGAGUGGCAGCGAUGGAUGUACGAGAUCAGCCAGAUAUUGGAGCUUUCACUACGAUAACUUUACGAAUGAAGAACCCCCCACGCCAGAUAACUUCUCUGCGGGUGAGUACCAGUGUACCAUUGCUGCCUUCUCACCCUGAAAGAACAUAAAGAUUCUUCUUCUUCUUCUUCUUCUUCUUCUUUUGUCUUCUUCAUUCCUUCUUCUUUCUUCUUCUUUUUUCUUCUUCAUUCAUUCUUCUUUCUUCUUCUUCUUUUUUCUUCUUCAUUCAUUCUUCUUUCUUCUGUUUUCUUUGCUCUUUCUUCUCAUGCAAGGAACAUGGAUAUGGAAGAAGCACAGAAAUCCAGAAUGCAAAAUCACACUGAAGUUCAAGUAGUCAAAGCCAAAGCAGAUAGCACAAUGGAACCAAGUAACCAUCCAAUUGAGAAUGAUACAGAAGAAUCGUGAGUCAAUGUCCAUUCCCUACAGGGCAACACCAACAGCAAACCCAAUGUAGCUCUCUCUCAUGAAUGGCGCCAGGCGCCCUAUCUACCCUACAGACUAAGCCUACAACUACAGCAAUGAAAGCAACCAGACAAC